AUGUCUGCCACAGUUAUCGAACCCGAAGGUCGCAUUAACGAAGUUCACAUUGAAGGCCUUGCUUUGAUGGAAAUCGUCAAGCAUUGCCAUGAUUCUCUUCCAUCCAUGGUCACGGGAUCAUUGUUGGGUUUGGCUGGAAACAAUGGAAUUUUGGAGGUAACCCGCGCCUUUCCGAACCCAGACAGUGGUAAGGACGACGAAAUAGACGAAGACUUUCAAGUAGAGAUGAUGCGCAUGUUGAGGGAAGUCAAUGUGGAUAACAAUUGCAUCGGUUGGUAUCAAUCCGUUUAUUUGGGAAUUUACUCCACACAAACCGUAUUGGAGAAUCAAUUUUCUUACCAAACCGAAUUAUCACCCAACGCUGUCGUCCUAUUGUACGAUCCCUUGCAGACUGCCAAUGGAAACUUUGCCAUGAAAGCAUUCCGUUUGACAGAAGAAUGUGUAGCUAUGAAACAAAAAGAAAAGAAUGAUUUCAUCAAGCCUGCUAACAUUUUUGAGGAAGUCCCAGUCAAAUGUACCAACGCUCCCCUGGCCAAGGCCAUGAUUCAAGAAUGGACACCGACGUCGGAUAUCGAAUUGGACCGACUUGAUUUGAGUACACAUUCGUACUUGGAGAAGCACUUGCAAUACCUGUGCGGUUGGGUUGAUGAACUGGCAGGAGAACAACAAAAGUUUCAAUACUACACAAGACACCUCACCAAGGGAAACAACAAGACAAAGGCUAGUUGGGACACAUCCGAAGCACCCAAGCGAAUGGAAAGUUUAUUGGUCAAUAACCAAAUUCAAAAUUACUGCGACCAAAUGGAUAGAUUUGCUGGUGGAGGAUUGGGCAAACUGUUUUUGGCUGGUGGUCUGCACAAGGAAGAUGGGUCGUCGUAG